UGCUGCGUCGGGACAGCUGCAGCCGGGCCGGGGCUCGCUUGGAAUGCGGGAGCGGGCUGCGCACCGGGACUUUUAUGGAAACUUGCAGAGCCCGGCGCUGCUGAAGCCGCAGCCAAGGGGCGCGCGGCGGCGGCGGCGGCAACAGCAGCAGCAGCAGCACCACCAGCAGACGGUAGCAGCAGCAGCAGAAGAAGCAGAGCAGCUUCCCAGCUUCCCUCCCGCCCACCCAGCCGCUGGGAUUAUCUGGAGACGCAGAGCGAAGCGCGCAGAGGGCUCUCAGGUAAAGCCUGGACACAUCCAUUUUUGCACACUGCUGCUGCUAGAUCACAGAAAGUAGCCAUGAAUGACGUUGCACAGAAGACAGAGAUUCUGCUUUCUUCGUCUAAACCUGUCCCAAAGUCCUAUGUGCCCAAACUUCGAAAGGGUGAUGUAAAGGAUAAAUUCGAAGCCAUGCAGAAAGCAAGGGAAGAAAGAAAUCAAAGGCGAUCUAGAGAUGAGAAGCAAAGAAGAAAAGAACAGUAUGUUAGAGAAAGAGAAUGGAGCAGGCGGAAGCAGGAGAUGAUAGAACUACUUGCUUCUGAUGACGAGGAAGAAAAGUCUAAAGUUGAGAAAGCUUAUGUUCCAAAACUAACAGGGACUGUCAAAGGGAAGUUUGCAGAAAUGGAAAAGCAGAGGCAGGAGGAAGAAAGGAAAAGAAUGGAAGAGGAGAGGAAGCGGAGGAUUGAACAAGACAUGAUAGAGAAAAGGAAAAUUCAGAGAGAACUAGCAAAGAAAGCACAAGAGAUUGAUGAGCAGUUAAACAAUUCGGGAAGCGAAUCGGCAUCGGAGGAAGGUGAUGAUUCAUUGCUAGUGACAGUAGUUCCCAUAAAACCUAGCAAAACACCUGGGAAGAUGAAAAUAAGUUUUGAGGACCUAGAGAGAGAGAGAGAAGAACAAGAAAGGCGAAAGCUUGAAGAAGAAAAGCGAUUGAGAUAUGAGCAGGAAAAGCAAGCUCUCAGGGAAGUCAAAUAUUUCUCACCAGAUGUGGAUGAAGAUGAAAUGCUUGACAGCGAAAGAAAAGAAUCACCCAGCCCUGGCAAAGUGAAACUAACAUUUGAAGAAUUGGAAAGACAGAGACAAGAAAAUCAGAAAAGGCAAGCAGAGGAAGAGGCGAGGCAACGUCUGGAAGAGGAAAAACGUGCAUUUGAGGAGGCAAGGCAGCAAAUGCUAAAUGAAGAUUAUGAUGAUCAGGAAAAUGAAAAUUCCGUCAAGGAGUUCCGUCCUGGGAAACUGAUACUUACCUUUGAGGAAAUAGAAAGGCAAAGGCAAGAAGAAGAAAAAAAGAGAACAGAAGAGGAAGCCAGAAGGCGCAUAGAAGAAGAGAAAAAGGCAUUUGCUGAAGCAAGAAAAAGCAUGAGUCCAGAUGAUGAGCUUUCGCCAAUGUCUAAAACUGUAUCCCAAGAAUCUCUCACACCUGGAAAACUGGAAAUUAACUUUGAGGAGCUACUGAGACAAAAAAUGGAAGAAGAAAAGAGGCGUACAGAAGAGGAGCGCCGACAAAAACUGGAAAUGGAAAAGCAGGAAUUUGAGCAGCUCAGACAAGAAAUGGGAGAGGAAGAGGAGGAGUGUGAAACCUUUGAGCUAAGCAGGGAAUAUGAGGAGCUAAUAAAAUUAAAAAGAAGUGGUUCUAUUCAAGCGAAGAGCUUGAAGAAAAAGUUUGAGAAAAUUGGGCAGCUCUCCGAAGAAGAAAUACAGAAAAAAAUUGAAGAAGAAAGAGCAAGGAGAAGAGCUAUGGAUCAGGAAAUAAAAGAAAGGGAAGCAGAGAAAUUUCAAGAGGAAGAUGAAGUAGAUGUAAAGCCAGCCACAAAAUCUGAAGCUCCAUUUACACACAAGAUAGACAUGAAGGCCCGAUUUGAGCAAAUGGCAAAGGCAAGAGAAGAGGAGGAGCAGAGAAGAAUUGAAGAACAAAAAAUGCUACGCAUGCAAUUUGAACAGAAGGAAAUUGAUGCUGCAUUGCAAAAGAAAAAGGAAGAGGAGGAAGAGGAUGGCAGCAUUGUUAACGGCUCAGUCUAUGAGGAUGAAGAACAGCAAGCACGUUCUGGUGCUCCAUGGUUCAAAAAGCCUCUUAAAAAUGUGUCUGUUGUGGAUAGCGAACCAGUAAGGUUUACUGUUAAAAUAACUGGAGAACCCAAGCCAGAGGUUACAUGGUGGUUUGAAGGCGAAAUGUUGCAGGACUGCGAGGACUAUCAAUAUAUUGAGAGAGGAGAAACCUACUGCCUUUACUUACCAGAAACUUUCCCAGAAGAUGAAGGAGAAUAUAUGUGUAAAGCAGUAAACAGCAGAGGAACAGCAGCUAGCACCUGUAUUCUCACUAUUGAGACUGAUGACUAUUAAUAUCCUACUUUUUCUGGAGCCUUCCUUCCCUAAAUUUACUACAUCCAUCUUUCUUUCUCUCUCCUGUGGUGGGGCCAACAAGAAGUUGUCUAUCAUUCCUCAAAUAAGAUACCCAAUUGCCAGAUUUAUCUCUUGGUUUCAGACUGAAGUUUGGCAACAGAAGUUUGGUUCAUUUGACAAACAAUGGCUCAAUUUCCACUUGUAAACAGCACUGUGGCUGCUUGUUAAUGCCACUGAAUUGCUUCUGUGACAAGGAGAUUCUUAUCAGGAAAGCCAAGCUGUUCAUAUGAAACAGCUUGUCAUAUGAUCCCAUCAAGUCUUCACCAUGUUAAUCAAAAUGCACGAUUGUCUUGAAUGUGAUCGGCUACUUCAUGUAAGGUUACCCUAAGUAGCAGACUACUUAAUGUUAGUUUUCAUAUAGAAAAUUCAGCCAAAACCAUAUACAAACACAGUAUUAAAUCAAAUCAAAUCCAAAGACCACUUAAUUCGUACUACAUAAAAAAUGAUCUUUAUUUAUUUGGUCCUGGAAGCUUUGAGAGCAAAAAGUGUAUUUUUUUGGUUAAACUAUUAAGUAGCCAAAAAUAAUGUAGUGCUUUAUUUAAGUUAUGCCUUUGUUUAAUGCAACUUUUCCUUUAAUAUGCUUUAAUAAAAUUAAACCAAGAUUAUAUUGGCUUGAAAGCAGGAUUAUGUAACUAAAUGUGUACACACAGUUGUAUGUCAUGUUCUUUGAAAUAAAACAUUUGCAUUUGUUUUGUAUUAGAUGGUAGGCGUUGUCCAGCAUCUUGCUUGGAAUAUUGAACCAAAUUUGUAUCUUUCAGGUUGGAAGUGUUAGAAUCAUAGUGAAUGAUGUUUCAACUUACAUCUCGUAUUGUAUAAUUAUUUACUGAAUCAUCUCACUCAGUAUAUACCAGACACAAUACAGAAAUAUGUAUGUAUAACAAGAUAUUACAGCCAUGCUUUUUGCUACAUGAGAAACAACCAACAGAACUCCAAUACAGACUAAAAUGUGUGCUGGAAUGGAGAGAUAUGGAAGAAAUUUGCAUAAUCUUCCAUGGGAUUUUGGCUUACUUUUAUUGAUCAGGACAACUGAUUUACAUUUUAUGCAGGAGAUAACUGGGUCUCUUCCUUAUGUUGUACCAAAUGACUUAUUCUGUACCUGAACUGGAAGGUUAAUAAAUAUGUUCAGUUCCUAAAAUUGAGCAUGUUCUUUAUUUAAUACAUGCACAGCUGCAAAUACUGGAAGAAACGGUAACACUUCAUCUUCCACUUGAAAGCUUUAAGUACCUGCCCCUUACCCCCAAAAAACCCACAGGAGACAAAUUACCCAUUAGUUUACAUUUAUUGAGAACUUAUACAAAAACAUUACAAUUAAUGUGUAUUCAUGAGUACAUACAGUGUCAAUAUUGCAAGCUCAACACAACAUACUGUAAAGCAUUUGAUUUACCUCACGUCCAAGCUGCAUGUCCCUAAGAUACUUCCCAUCACAGUAGCCUUUAAAAGACAAUCUUCUUUUUUUUACACGGGUAGUUUCUGUAGAGAACACUAUCUUAGGACGAAAAUGCAUCUUGCAUGCAUAUAAGAUAAAGGUUGCAUAAACACAGGACUUUCAUAGGGUACUACCAGUAGGAAAGGAGUAGCUACUGUUUGCAUUGUGUAGGGCCGAAUGUUUUGCCUUAUGAACUGCUAGUACACACAACAAAAAUCGAAAAGUUCUUUCUACUGCCUAGAUUAUGAAAAGAAAGAUUUCUCAGCAGCUGAUGUAAUGUUUUCAGAAAGGUGAAUGAUAUAGCCUACCUAGUUACUAAAAAUAACUGCAAUUUACACGAAUCUAAAGUUCACUUUUUUAAACUAGCAAAGCAUAUCCUAUACAGCACACAUACUGAAGGGUGAUCUAUAAACAUUGUUAUUAGUUGAAAUUAAGAUCAUCUUUCCAAACAUUCAUUACUCUCACUGCCUAACAUUCUGUGACCGGGAAAUUUGCACUUAUUUCCCCCCUGCCAUAGCACAAGAACCGCUCAAGGAAAACGAGGCAACUAUGUAUAUAAAGGUUCGAACUCAAUGAAUGGAAUGGAACCUUCUGAUUCAAUGCAAGGUUUCUGACAGAAAUCAGACAAAACUGAAUACCAAAACUACACUUGGUGCAAGAAGAUGCCUGUAGGUCCACCAGCAAAUUGAUAAUGAAAAUAAAAAAAUGCUUAGUAUAAAGAUUAUCAAAGCAGAUGCAUAAUCCCCUAUGCCAACAAUUUCAUUCUAGUUUCUAUUACAUCCCUUCCCUUGAAAUUUCAAGCUAUGUUUAUAUUAAAAACUGAGCAGCGAAAACAAGCUGUUUUAAAAUGGGGAAACAAAAUCCAACAGAGAUGAAGCUCUUCAGCACGUAUCUAGUUCUCAUAUAAUAAUGAAAUCUGACAUGUUGAACUA